UUUUCGUUGAUUCGUUUUUGAUAAUUAACUGAUUGUCAAACGAUUUCUUUCAUAACCAAUCGAUUCUCUUUAACCAUUGUUUCCCUAAACAAAACCCCCGUGAGCCUGAGACGAUAAAUUCUGACAUCAUUCAAUUCAUUUUUUGUUAUAUUUCUUGAGUUGUAUGAGUAACAAUGUCCAUAAGAAGUGAAUCUUAUCAUGGGGAAAAUGGUGAAUCCCAACAACAACCGCGUAGAUUUCAUCGUGAUCGAGUGAUGCUCAGUCUUCCAAACGAUUUCCUCCGUUUAGAAAGUGACCUCGAAAACAUUGGUGGACCAGAGAGACAAAUUAAUGUGGACCAAGAGGCAGCAAUCGCUUUACAACAACAAUACACUAAUUACAAUGGAUUCACCGAUAAUAUUAAAGGUAAACUUGUGAUCACAGUUGUUGAAGCGAAACUGGUCAAAAAUUAUGGUGUCACCCGAAUGGACCCUUAUGUCCGGUUAAGGUUAGGCCAUGCGAUCUACGAAACUCGAACCUGUUACAACGGUGCCAAGAAUCCAAGAUGGAAUCGAAUCUUUCAAUGCUCAUUGCCGAAUGGUGUUGAUACGAUACAUGUCGAACUGUAUGAUGAAUGUGCUUUCACCAUGGACGAGAAAAUCGCAUGGGCUGAAUACAAAAUUCCAUCACAAAUAUUCAACGGUGAAACUGUUGAACAUUGGAUUCCUUUAGAUGGUAAACAAGGUGAUGGUAAAGAAGGAACAAUUUGUAUGAUUCUCUCAUUUGCACCAAUUUCCCGAUUAAUGAUCACCCAGCAACCAAGGAUUGCGUUUGUCAAUUACAAUCAACCACAACAAGGACAAAUUAUUGGACAACCAGUUCAUCCACAACAUCAUCCCCAUCAACAAUUACAACAACAACAACAACUUUCCAAUCAGGUGAUGAUUACUGAGGAUGAAGUUGAUCAAAUUUGUGAAAUGUUCCCGAAUGUUGAUCGUGAAGUUAUAAGAAACAUUUUGGAAGAUCAAAAUGGAAACAAGGAGCGAACGAUAAAUGCACUAAUCCAAGUGAACAGUGAUUAGAUUAAUUAACAACAAUUGAAAUUGGAAUCAUUCCCAUGGUUUUCAUCACCUUAAUCAUCUUUUUAUCUCUCACCAGGAAGAGUAUCAUUAUCGUUUUCACUUAUUCUUUUGCUCCCACUUUAUAUAAAUACCUAAUUCUCCCUCCCUCUCUCUUUCUCUCUCAUCUUCUGUGCCAUUUUCAACAUUUAAUCACAAACAAUUAGCUAAUCAUCAUCAUCUCAUCCAUGUGAAUUAAGGACUCUUAUUAUUUGAUUGAAUUAUUGUUAACCUUUCAACUUCAUUUGAACAUUUAAAUUGUCCCAAAAUAAUUACAUUCUUUAUCCACAAUUGAUUAAUUGUUAUUGAUGCGAAAAUAAAAUUAUCAAUCUAAUGCUCUCAGCAAUUGACACAACAAGAAAA